AAAGGAGGUGGGGCUGUCGGGAUUGCGCAUUUACUGGAAACUAUUUAUGAAUAUACGUUCCAGGCCAGUGAUCCGCAAGAUGCCUCCCGUAUGAGAGGCAACGAUAAUGGGGAACCGGGACCCCAGCGCAUCGGGGAGGAGAGACCGAUCGCUGGAGAAAGUCCUUCAGUGCGGUUAAUGUGAGGACACAGCGCUACCUGGUGUUAUUUCGCAGAGGUUUAAAUAACAUAAACCUGGAAGAUAGGCGACUGCCUUCGGACCGGUGUUAUUUUGCACAGGAUUAAGGAGGUUGGUGUGAGUUUGGGGGGAGGGGGGCUUGGGAGGGUGAAUUUUGGGGUAGAACAGGUUGCUACAAGUCGUGGGCCAUGAAAUGAAAGAUUGUGCGGCUAUUAUGGAAACAUCUGAAUGGGAAUAUCAUCGGCGCAGAGAGGAUUGGGUCGGAAGAAAUCUGUGACAGAGCGAGCACCGUUGGCGUAAAUCAGAUUCUCUCCUGCCUUUUGUCCGCCGGGCGGCGAUGUCAGCUUUCUGCCUGAAUUUACACUCACCCACAGCCGCGAUUUCAGCACCACAAGAGCUGGACAGCGACUGCAUGGAGCACUCGCUGGAUCACGGCAUCAAACCCCCUCAAGACUCGGGAGGGUUUCAGAACCAUUCGCUGCUGUACGCUGGCCCCGGAGGCCUCGGGAUGGCACUCGAGGAAGAACUCGCCAUGCUAACAGGCGACCGGGAUGAAAGCACCGACUUACCCGUCUUGGAAAUGCCUGUUAAUGGGCAGGAUCCUGACUUACUGUCGCUCUUCCGACAAAAAGAAAAGGACUUGGUUUUGGCUGCUAAGCUCGGCAAAGCACUGCUCGAGCGAAACCAAGACUUGACUAAGCAAUAUGAGAAAAUGAAUAAAGACCUCAACGAAAAACUGGAGCACCUGGAGCAGGAGAAGCACGAGCUGCGGCGGCGGCUGGAGAGCCGGGAGGGCGAGUGGGAGGGGCGCGUGGCCGAGCUGGAGUCCGACGUGCGGCAGCUGCAGGGCGAGCUGGACCGCCACCAGGCCCAGCUGCGGGAGGCCGACCGGGACAAGACCCGCGCCGUCUCCGAGCUGUCGGAGCAGAACCACAGGCUGCUGGAGCAGCUCAGCCGGGCUGCGGAGGUGGAGAGGCAGCUGUCCACUCAGGUCCACUCGCUCCGGGACGACUUCCGGGAGAAGAGCAUCUCCACCAGCCAGCACAUGUCACGCCUGGAGAGCCUGCAGGCGGAGCAAGGGCUAGAAAUAAAACUGCUAUCCGAUCGCAAGAGGGAGCUGGAGAGACGCGUGAACGCAGUGCUGGAGGAGAACGAGCUGUUGCAGACCACGGCUGACCAGCUGCAGGAGCGGACGCUCGUGCUGGAGCGGCAGUGUCACGAGAAGGACUUGCAGCUGCGGCAGAGCCAGCUGGAGCUGCAGGAGGUGCGCGUCUCCCACCGACAGCUCAGCGCGCGGCUGGAGGAGCUGAGCGAGGAGAGGGACCUGCAGGGCCUGGGCCCUCAGUCUGCCAGCCUGCUGUGUGAGAUCGAGCAAAGCAUGGAACAGGAGGAGCUGGAGCAGGAGAGGGAGCAGCUGCGACUCCAGAUGUGGGAGGCGUACUGCCAGGUGCGCUCGCUCUGCUCUCACCUGCGCGGCAAUGACAUCACAGACUCGGCGCUGUCCACGGAUUCCUCCAUGGACGAGUCAUCGGAGACGUCCUCCGCCAAGGACGUCCCCACUGGCAGCCUUCACGCCAGCCUCCUGGAGCUGCGCAGGCUAACGCAAAACCUCAUGGACGGCAACGAGUCCACGGGCUCGCGGCGCAGUGACGAGGAGGCCCUGGAGGACCAGGUGCGCAAGCUCGGGGAGGAGCUCCGGGCCCUCAGGGAGCAGUACGAUAGCGAGCAGGACAGAACGCGGAGCAGCCAGGAGGAGGCGCUGCAGCUCCACAACCAGGUGGCGCUGCUCUCGGUAGAGCUGUGCUCCCUGCGAGAGGAGAGCGAACAGCUCCGGGCAAUGGUGGAAGUGCGGGAACCUAGCGAGCAGCUUCAGAGCGCCAUCCGAGACAGAGACGAGGCCAUCGCUAAGAAGAAAGCAGUGGAGAUGGAGUUGGCCAAGUGUAAGAUUGACAUCAUGUCUCUGAACAGCCAGCUGCUGGACGCCAUCCAGCAGAAGCUCAACUUGUCACAGCAGCUGGAGGCCUGGCAGGAUGACAUGCACAGAGUGAUUGACCAGCAGCUCAUGGACAAGCACCAGGAGGAAUGGAGGGCUUCCCCAUACUCCUUCUCAGGCGGGUCAGGGGGUCGAGGAGGCCCCUCGGCCCCGCCCUCCAGAAGGCCCCAACGUCAAGCCGACGGGGACAAGAAGCUCUUCUCCUUCUUCAAAAAGAACUGAGCCUUUGAGGAGGAGAGAAGGAGAAAGGGAGGGGGGGGAGAGAGAUAGAGAGAGAGGGAGAGAGCUUAAAGCAGCUGCUGACCAGGACACAGGCAACGCAGUUACCCAAAGAGUCAAACUGAGGCCCGGCAGGCAGAGAGAGGGCAACGCUACACACACACAGGAGCUGAUCCCAGGUCAGCUCAUGACAUUCUUUUGCACUUUAUCAGCUCUGUCAUUCUGCCAUCCGAUGAUUCUAAAGAUGAAGGGGUGUGGCGAGAGAAGGAUAUGUGAACUAUGUCACAAAAACCCUCCCAAGAUGCCUGGGCUACCUUAAUGCAAGUGAGUAAAAAGUAUUCUCUCAAGGCAAAUUCAAUGUUUGGUCAUAGAUUUUGCUCUGGGAGAGGUAGUACAUUUCUCCAGUAGCGCCUCCCCAAGGGUUGCGACCUCCUCCGUCCAAAAAAAGGCACAAGCCAACUGAGCCAUCCCCCUUACCCCAGUGACACGCGUGGGGCAGCGAUUCUGUUGCAGAAAACCCAGCCGUCUCCUCAGGUUUAUUUAGAUGUUCAGUGGCGUACACUGAGGCCUUAAUGUUGGUGGUUCAGAGUAACAGUCAUUAACCUGCUUGCUCCACCGAUGUACUGACUAACCUAUUGAGCAGUGUGUGCCAGUUGAGGUAAUUUAGCAGAAAUGGAUAGCAUUAAUCCUCAUUCUUUUUCCUGGUUCUUAAAUUGAUUUCAUCCUAAAUCUGAACUCAGGAGACUUUCUUUCAGUUUGUGGGUCAGUU